AUGUCGGCCCACCCACCAGAGAAGCCACAGUUCUACACCACCCCUAACUACAAUCACGGCCAUGACGAGCCGAAGCCGCACCUGCACGCGAAGACGUUUCUGGCCGUCUUUGCCACGUGGGCCAUCACUUUUCACCAGGACGCAGCGGUACCCUUUCGCCUUCUGGGUGUCACGCCGCAGAUUGCCCGUGCCGGCGCCGAGGCGCCGCUCGGGACCUUUUCGACAGGAUUCAGGCAUGUUUGGAUUGCUGCAAGCGUCGUUGUGGCGUUUGCCGCUGUGCUGGCCGUUUUCCUCAAGGACCCCAGCGACGAGUUCAACAUGCGUAUUGACGCGCCCGUGGAAAAGGCCGAGGAGCUGUACUCGUCGUGA